CUGGGCUGUCGCGGGCAGAUCUCAUUUUGCAUUAUAAUGAAUGACACGUUGACAUCAGAUGUCGUUGGUCGCAGAGUUUCAGUUAACGGAGAAUGUGCAACGGUGCGUUUUCAUGGCACCGUCCCUCCUGUGGCUGGACUCUGGCUAGGUGUGGAGUGGGACAAUCCCGAGAGAGGCAAGCAUGAUGGGAGCCAUGAAGGGACUGUGUAUUUUAAAUGCAGCCACCCAACAGGAGGGUCCUUUAUUCGUCCGCACAAAGCAAACUUUGGAGUAGACUUUCUCACUGCGCUUAGGGACCGCUACGAAGAUGAACCAGAGGAUGAUGCAAAAAAGCAAAUUGUUACAAUUGGGAACAUACCUGUGGAAACUAUUGGCUUUGGCUCUGUUAUAAAAAAGCAAAGUCAGCUGAGCGAGCUGCGAGACAUUUCCCUGAGGAGCUGUGCCGUAAGCUGUGCUGGUGACAAAGGAGACAUUGCCAGCACGUGUCCUAAUAUUAGAGUCGUCAACUUGUCCCAAAACCUGCUGUCAGCAUGGGAGGAAGUCACAGGUAUUGCUGAGCAGCUCCGACACCUGGAAGUCCUUGAUCUCAGUGAGAACAAGCUGCGGCUCCCGCCGGGCUCGCCGGCUCCCGUCGGGACGUUCUCCGCACUGAAGGUCUUAGUCCUCAACAGAACAGGAGUCACGUGGGCCGAGGUGCUCCACUGUGCCCAGGGCUGGCCAGCCCUCGAGGAGCUGUACCUCAAGUCCAACAACAUUUCCAUUUCAGAAAGGCCGGCUGACGUUCUCCAGUUGGUCAGGUUACUAGACCUUUCCUCUAACCAGUCAAUUGAUGAAAACCAGCUAUUUCUAAUAGCCUAUCUGCCCAGAUUAGAACGACUAAUCCUUGGUGACGUUGGGAUUUCUUCUCUCCGUUUCCCGGAUGCUGGGGUUGGGUGCAAAACGGCAAUGUUCCCUUCCUUGCAGUCCCUUGUCCUCGAUGACAAUCGGAUAUCGCAAUGGUCCUUCAUCAACGAGCUGGAUAAGUUGCAGAGUCUGCACUCAUUGUCCUGCCUACGGAACCCCCUGACUGUGGGCAGCGAGGCCAAGACCCACCUGCAGUUCAUCAUCGCCAAGAUCGGCCAGCUGCGGACCCUCAACAGAUGCGAGAUCCGCCCGGAGGAGCGGCGCGGGGCUGAGCUGGAUUACCGGAAGGCGUUCGGGAAGGAGUGGAAAGAGGCGGGUGGGCACCAGGAUCCCGACCAGGACAGGCCCAGCGAGGCGUUCCUGGCCGCCCACCCCAGAUACCAAGCCCUCUGCUGCAAAUACGGUGCACCUGAAGAUGGGGAGCUCAAAACACAACAACCAUUUUUGCUCAAAAACCAGCUACUAACCCUGAAGAUAAACUGUCCUGACCGUCCUGACCAGAAAGCCCUGGAGAAACAGCUGCCGGACUCCAUGACGAUUCAGAAGGUGAAAGGGCUGCUGGCCCGCCUCCUCAAGGUCCCUGUGUCGGACCUGCUGCUGGCCUACGAGAGCCCCAAGGUGAGCUGCCCGGAGCCGCCAGCCCGGCCACAGCAGUGGCAGCUGUGCAACUGCGCCUCCAUGGCCGACUCCGCGGGCUUGGGGCGGGGCAUGUGAUUCGCUCUGGCAGGUCUGUCUGAGUCACCCAAGCUUUUGUUCUGACUGUAGAUGCCGGGCAGAGAGAUUGAACUAGAAAAUGACCAGCAGUCCUUACAGUUCUAUUCUGUGGAGAAUGGAGACUGCCUGCUAGUGCGAUGGUGACAGCAGCUCAUACAGCUCAGAGACAACUGUGGUUCCCGGGCUCACCGGCAAGAAAUGACCUCUGGGAGCAGUUCUCUCAGAGGUUGUACUUUUCUUUAGGGAAGAGACUGUUUCUAGGCUUGUACAUAAUAGCGACAAUAAAGGCUUUGUACCUACUAA